GAGGAAGGGGCGGUGAGCCGCGGCGUCUGGAGCACGUACGGCGCCGUGGAGGACGACGCUGACAAACAACAACGUCAACGUCACGGGCGAGUAUUGGAGAGAAGGUUCAGGAUCAGAGAGUCAGAGUGAGAGGAAGCUACAGAGGAGGUGAACAGAGGCCACGGAAGAGAGUGGGGGGAAGGAAAAGUGCGAAGUGGGAGGAGGACGAAGGAGGGUGGAGGGUGGGAUAACCGUGUGAGGAGAGGGGCCAAAACAAACAGCCGCCAUCACAGCGCUCAUUAAAGUGAACCUCACAGACUGGCAGAGAAUCAGCUCAGCCUGAACAGGACAAAGUGGCGUCGUCCGAGUGAGGAGUGCAGAGUGGGGGACCAACCCCUCAGACGGACGCCUAGCUCCCCACAUCCCCUGUCUUUCUUGUUGGCUGAACGAACGCACACGCCGAUAAAUAUAUAUCUUUGCGCCCCUCGAAAGGGAUUUCGUGCCUCGAUUACACCUGAGAGAGUUUGGUUGUUUUCUGUGUGUUGUCUACUCGGGGGUUUGGAGGAAGACAGGCCCAGGGAAGGAUUUAAAAGCCAGCUCGCCUGCCGUCACCUCCUCAACAGCACCGACAUGUCAUCCCCGAGCCCUGGGAAAAGACGAAUGGACACCGAUGUGGUCAAACUUAUUGAAAGCAAGCAUGAAGUUACCAUACUUGGUGGGCUGAAUGAAUUUGUAGUCAAGUUUUAUGGACCACAAGGAACUCCCUACGAAGGUGGUGUAUGGAAAGUUAGAGUGGACCUACCAGACAAAUAUCCAUUCAAAUCUCCUUCCAUAGGAUUCAUGAAUAAAAUUUUCCAUCCAAACAUCGAUGAAGCGUCAGGAACUGUAUGCCUAGAUGUAAUUAACCAGACAUGGACAGCCCUUUAUGAUCUCACCAAUAUAUUUGAGUCGUUCCUCCCCCAACUUCUGGCCUACCCAAAUCCAAUUGACCCUCUAAACGGUGAUGCUGCAGCUAUGUAUCUCCAUCGACCAGAAGAGUAUAAACAGAAAAUAAAAGAAUACAUCCAGAAAUACGCAACAGAGGAGGCACUAAAGGAACAAGAGGAAGGUGCUGGUGAAAGCUCAUCAGAGAGUUCCAUGUCUGACUUCUCCGAAGAUGAGGCCCAGGAUAUGGAAUUGUAGUAGCGUCACCAACCUCUUUCCAAGAGACAGACUAUAUAAUUUCCUAACCAUUGAAAAGCAGACUAUAAUAUUCAUAUUUAAAAACAAAAAAGCAAUUUUUUUUUAUUACUAAAACCAGGUUUUUAUGGAUAGCAUUGGUAUAUUAUCGCCCUGGAUUUUUUUUUUCUCUCCUUGGUCAUUGCUCCAACUUGAGGUGCGUCUUACCCCACAUUCCAAUGGUAGCUAUGUGAGGCCCAAAUGCAUGUUAUCACAUAACCUUGGUAUUCCUAACUCAUAAAUAUUUUGGCCCCAAAUGGAAGAGAGCAAGAAAAAGAGAGCGACGGAUUGGUGAGAGCAGGAUAUCAACCAAGCAAGACCAACUGUUUACCCUGUCCAUAUCUUGACCAGAAAAGCAGCGCUAGAGAGAACAAAGUUUCAGUAAAAUCGAAGCACAAUGGAAGGUUUACUAGGCAGAAGAAAAACUAAUAUUAUUUGCUCUGCAUGUUUUUUUUGUUUCUAUUUUUCCUCGUGAAUAAAAUUGGACGUACAGAUUACAACAUCCUUUUUAUUGUGGCAUGAUAUGGAAGAAUACAACUUGUUUAGGACUUUGGUUCGUAAAGCAGAUUUAAUUAUAAAAAAAAACCUAGUGUUUGUGGCUUUAACCUGAAGGGUAGUAUUAAGUAAUUACUAGGUAGUGGUGAACUUGAUUACUCUAAUUAGCACGUUGUAUUAUUAUUGGGGGAAUACUUGCCGGCACCCUAUCUUGCUAUAUAGAUUUUUUUUUAAAUGCCUAUUGCUAUGUGCUGACUUAUACCUGUUUGACUUAUUUAGGGUUAGUUAGUAUGCUCGCUGGUGAUUUCAAAAUAAAAAAAAAUGUAUAUUUUCAUUGUUACAAUAGUUGAUUUGGAAUUGAUUGUAAUGGUUUUUACCCUGGUAUGGAAUUUUGUACCAGUAGUUGUAAAUACUAUAUAUACUACAAGAGAAGAUUUGAUAUCUUCUCCUUCAUAUGCCUAUAUUCAUUUCCAGCCACUUCCCCAUCCCACCUCCCCACAAACCUUAGUCUCUGUGGUUGGAAUAUAGGGAAAUUGAACUUGCAUUUAAAUCCAGAUAAAAUUGCUCUGUACCUGCUACUUCUAAAGGGCACCCCAACUGUAGACUCAUUCAGCUCAGGAUGAGCCUUUUCACUCAAUUUCUCUGGGCCAGGUCUUUGGAAAUACCUGUCAACCUCUGGUCUUUCCCCGUAGCCUGUCUAUUUUUCUAUUUCCAUGAAGUAAACACAGUAUAUAUUAACAUUUUGAGCUGGUUGAUGAUCAUAUUUAGAGAUCACAUCAUUGGGAAGUUGCACCAUUGCAACACUUUACACACUAGUCAUCUUUUGAUUGAGACCAGAAAUACUGUGCAGCUGGGAUUAGGAUCAAAACUGCUCUAAUUUAUGUGGGACAUGAGCCUGAGGUGACAUUGAAACUACAAGCGGAGGUGGACUUAAUUUGGGUGAAAGGUUUGUAUCUUGUCCAGUGCACUUCAAUUUUCCAGAUCAUCAGUUUGACACAUACUGUUUGUUUGCUUCCCAAGUGACAAUGUAUUGGAAUCCAGUUUCCAAAGCAAGUCUUUGAGGCUUCAUUGUUGAAGGAAAGCUGUUUGUCUCCUUGUCACAUUUUUUAUAUUUUUUUUAAGUCAUUUAGAACUCUGUAAAAAGUAGAUAUGGAUACAGUGGUGCAGGAGAAUUUAACAUUGACAGAUGGGGAUCUCAGAUACUGGCACAAUUCUGGAAGUGGCAGAGGGAUUGGAUACAUUACAAUUACCAGAGACUAGGUUCAGACUGUUGAUGGGUCUUCCAUGUUCUAGCUACACAGCAUUUGGGUUUUUAGUCUUUUAAAUGAAAGUGUAUAGUCCUCUGGUUUGCACAGAGCCUGCACUGGGUAUUUCUAUGAUGGGCAUAUGUCUGGUGCUCUGUCUUUUGGGUAUCUCUAGGGUCACAAACAGCUGCAUUACUUCAUCUCUGAAUUGGUUGCUGUGAUACAUUGGCUAAGUGAUUAAACUUGAAAUUUUGCAUUGCAUGUUUGUCUUAACCAAGGAGGACUAAAGAUCUUUGGUCACUCUACUGCCUGAUUGGCAUGUAUAUCUGGACCAUUGUGGUGAAGCUUGCUUUCUGAAUGAAAGGCUUUGCCCUCGAGCAUAAUAAUAUGGAGAAUGAGAAAUGUAGAGGAUUUGUACAAUCUAUACACUGCCUCAUAACUGUUAUUUUUUUGGCUGGGUAAAAUAGAUAGGGCUCAUGACGUGGCAGACUGGAUGAGUCUGGUUUCUGCAGAAUGUUAUUUGGGCAUUUCAUACUUCAGCCUGUGUGUUCUACGGUGUUCCUUGGCUUUGUUUUAAACAUGUCUUGCUUUGUAAUGGAAUGUAUAGCAACCUUAGUGUCUGGAGACUGGUACAACAGCAGCAUGUUUUCAAAUUUGGAUAUAGUCCAUCUAUACCUUCACUGCUGAAGUCUCUGGUGGUUCAGGAGACGAUUAACGAUACAACUUCAAAAAGGAUGUUCACCCAUUUUAUUCUGCCAACAUUCCUCAACUUGUGCAACGAAAAUUGCCUUUUGGUUGCUGAUUUUGGAUUAUUGUUAAAUGGACAAUGGAUGCUGCAUUUUCCUAGAUAUGUGUUGAACAAUAGUUAUUCAUGGUAUGUAAAGCACUUUUAUACUGUGACCAAUGCUGUAUUGUAGGUUUGAUUAGGUGAAAGGUAUUGUGCACAGGCACAGUGAUCAGUUGAGUGGUAUUUUUGUGUAUGUGUGAGAAACAGAUUUGGGUGGAAAAAUAAUCUACAUGAAACAUUAAUCUUAACUUCCCCUCUGCAGAUGCUGUCUUAAACCACUGAAUGUUUCCAACGCCAUUUUUAUUUUGGAAGUGUCUUUAGGCUGCCCUGGUGUGAAAUACUGGAGUUCACAUGCCUGUAUAAUUAGUAUCAUAUUACAAAAAAGUCCAUGCAGUUCAAAUACAAAUAGUUGUAAGAAUUCAUUAAACAUAUACUGACAUUUUUAAAAAAAAUAAA